AUGGGAUCCAACACUUCAAAACCAGAAACAAAAGUUUUUACACCAACCACACCAGUUGACUUUAGUUCAACUUUUUUGUCACAAUUGGAACAAUCUCCAGAGUCAGACUACUCUCGAGCUCAAUAUACUGAGAAAUAUAUUCAAGAUAGAGUAGCUCAAGAAUUGCAAAAGUUGGAACAACAAACCAUCAAGAAAUUCAAACAAACCACCAAUGAUGCCAUUGCCAAUGACAAGAGUGAUAGUAGUAAAUCCAAGCUUUCAGUGGCUGAAUCAAGUGCCAAGAUUGCUAAGUUAACUCAAUUAUUGCAAGAGAAUGCUAAAUUAGAACAAGUCGAUAUAACUCCUCAAGUUAAAGAUUCGAGAGAGCAAGUCAUAAAGUGUUUAAAAGAUAAUCAAGGCAAGAGUCUUAAUUGUUGGGAUGAAGUUGAAACUUUUAGAACAUUGGUGAGAAACUUAUAG